AUGGCUCUGUUUCAUCCCUUUCUUUCUCAUUCCACGUCUCUCCACCACCUCCCCCCAACUCCCAGACAACCACAGCCAUUCAAACUGCUCUUAUCUCUCUCCUCCCCACCCCACCCUCUGAGACCCUUAAUUCCAACAAGAAAGCAGCAAAGCACCAUCAAGUGCAGUGCAGUUGCAGACAUCAAACCUCCUGCUCCCCCACUUGAUGAACAUCAGGAGGAGGAGGAGGAUCACAAGGUCUUGGUGGGUCCCACCAGCGAGGCUGAGAGGAGAGGAGAGAGGGUCGUGGCGGACUAUGAUUGGACAGAGGAAUGGUACCCUCUGUACCUCACCCAGGACAUUCCGGACGAUGCACCUUUGGGCUUGACUGUGUUUGAUAAGCAACUUGUGCUGUACAGGGACGGCAGUGGAGAGCUCCAGUGCUACCAAGAUCGCUGCCCCCACAGGUUGGCGAAACUAUCCGAAGGCCAGUUGAUUGAUGGAAGACUAGAAUGUUUAUAUCAUGGUUGGCAAUUUGAAGCCCAAGGAAAAUGUGUAAAGAUCCCUCAGCUUCCAGCUGAUGCCAAAAUUCCUAAAUCAGCUUGUUUGAAGACAUAUGAGGUGAGGGACUCACAAGGGGUUGUGUGGGUUUGGAUGUCCCAGAAGACACCACCAAACCCUUCAAAGAUACCUUGGUUUGAGAACUUUGCUCGGCCAGGGUUUCAAGAUACUUCUACAACCCAUGAGCUCCCUUAUGACCACUCUAUACUUUUGGAGAAUCUCAUGGAUCCUGCCCAUGUUCCAAUCUCACAUGACAGGACAGACUGGAGUGCAAAAAGGGAAGAUGCUCAACCGCUGCGCUUUGAGGUCACCGAGCGCAGCGAUAGAGGAUUCGCAGGCUGGUGGGGAAAGACAAGUGAUCCAUCAGCCAAAAGCUUCUUAAGGUUUGAAGCACCAUGUUCUCUUCAAAACAAUAGAGAAAUUGUUGACAAGGAUGGGGAGAAGCACUACUUCUCGGGUCUAUUUCUCUGUAGGCCAACUGGACAGGGGAAAUCCAUGCUUAUUGUGAGAUUUGGUGGAACAAAAAGGUCUCCACUGGCAAAAUUGUUUCCCAUAUGGUAUUUUCAUCAGAAUGCAGGCAAGGUCUUUGAGCAAGAUAUGGGAUUUCUUUCAUCUCAAAAUGAGGUACUCAUGAAAGAAAAAGUACCCACCAAAGAGUUGUACCUUAACUUGAAAUCUUCAGAUACAUGGGUUGCUGAAUACAGAAGAUGGAUGGACAAAGUUGGGCAUGGGAUGCCUUACCAUUUUGGGCACAGCACAAUAUCAUUGCCCGAAGAGCCUGCUGUGGUGGAGCAUGCGCCGGCAGGCUUUGUUGCCGGUGUUUCUGCAUCCUUGCCAGCAAAGGGAGGGAUUGGAUCCAUGCAUGCUCCCAAUUUGGCCAACCGGUAUUUUCGACACGUGGUUCAUUGCAAAAUCUGCAGAAAUGUUGUCAAAGCUUUCCAAGCAUGGCAAAAGGCCCUUACUGCUAUUGCUGUUGCAUCGACUGCAUUGGCAAUUCUAGUCUCAGGAAGGCAGUGGAAGGCCCUGCUAUUAAUAUCUGCAGCAAUAAGCUCAGCUGGGGUUUAUGCAUGCUCGGCUGCUAUUUCUUUGAACACAACAAACUUCAUAAGGACCCAUAGGAGAUUGUGA